UUUCUCCCUCUUCGUUUUUUCUCUAUAUUUUUUUAAAUAUAUUUUCCUUUUUUUUUUUUUUUUUGAGCGGGAUAUGAUCGGUUCAUAGACGUGAUUGCAACCGCAUUCCGUAGAUUCCGGUUAUUACGCCUACAUUCUGCCUUUCCGAAGGGUCGAAAGGAACGCCCGCGAGCGCUCAGGUGCAUUCCCUACGAAGUGCGGCCAAACUUCCUCGUCGGCGCACCAUGGCCCAGACUGCUCGCUCGUAGAGGACGACAUAAUCAGCUAUGAAUGCAAUUCCGAAGGAGUUGUUGCUGCUGCUGGCGAGCGCGCUCGUCGCCGCGGCGACAACGUCUUCCUGCCCAUGGGCGCAACACGUGGUGGAUCUCGAGAGCUCGUGCAUCUGCGACAACAAUCUAGCUGGAGAGCUCUCGGUACAGUGCGACAUCGUCGAUUAUGAGCAGCUAUUGUCGACGAUGCGACGUUAUGCCACCAAGACAUCGAUCGAUCUCUUCUAUAUCAACAACAGUACGAUCGGCGUCCUGAGGAACGACUCGUUCACCAAUCUGAGAAUUAACAACAUGCAGCUGUCCGGUUGUCGCAUCAUGAGCAUCGAGCCGGAAGCUUUCAAGGGUCAGGAGCACUAUAUGAAAAGUUUGAAUCUUAAGGAUAACGAGCUCACGGAGAUCCCCGCCGCCACUUUAAAGACUCUGAAGAAUCUCACCGUGCUCGACCUCUCGAUGAACAAGAUUACGAGGGUCAACGACAACGCCUUCGUCGGCACCAAGCUGAUCACGCUGAAGCUCUCCGACAACGAGGUCACUCUCGCCCCGGGAUCGUUCCGCGGCUUGGAGAGGACGCUGAAGAAUCUCAACCUCAAGGGAACGCGACAGAAGAAGGUACCGGAGGCGCUCAGAGGUCUGAAGACCCUGGCCUUUCUCGAUCUAUCGCAGAACAGUAUACGCGAACUUCCGGGCACAUCCGGAACCAAAGCUUUCGACGGUCUCGAUUCCCUCACGGGAUUGAAUCUCGAAAGAAAUCUGAUUCAGAAUAUCGGCCCGGAGGCGUUUUACGGUAUCAGGAAUACUCUGAGCUCCCUGAGCCUGCNAGCGGCUAUCAACAGCGUCCAUGACCUGAGAGUGCUGGACAUCGGAUUCAAUUUGAUCACCGAACUACCGGUCAACGCCUUUCAAGGGAACCCGUCAAUCACGCUGCUGGCGAUCGAUGGUAACCCGUUGUCCACGGUACCGGAAGAAGCGCUCGCUCGGCUAAACGGUACCCUGCGCGGCCUAAGCCUGGGCGGACGAUUCCUUAUCUGCGAUUGUCGGCUACGAUGGAUCGUCGAUUGGAUCAAGACACGAGAUCUGCAGGUCACCAGUCGCGAACGCAAGCCGCAGUUCUGCGGUAGUCCGCAGCAUUUGCAGGACAAACGCUUUUACAAUAUCGAUCCUAACGACAUGAGUUGCGAGCAAAUACCUGAGAUAAUCGGAAUCGGAACGGUAGAGAGCGUGGAGACUAAAGAGCCAACGGAAAUGGUAGCUGAUGGAGAUGUCAGUAGCCAUCUUCCAACUGUUCGAUCUAGUAUUUCCACUACCGAGCUAAUCACCAGUACAUUGUCUACAACCACGAUGACAGUAUUGUCGACCGAGCAGAAGAGAACGAUACCAUCCUCGACCUUCGUCCCAACGACUCGACCGACCGUUGCGCGAACCGGAAACGUCGUGGUCGUGAGAACUACCCCGUCGCCGCCGAAGCAGUUGCAAGAACAAAUGCAACAACAUCAACCGAGACCGCCAUUGGUCUUGGGAUCGCCGUUGUACAAAGCAAAAUCGAAUGAAAAUAUUAUUGUAAAGGAUGUUCUUAGACAAGAUAACGCUGUCAUCAUAUAUUGGGAUACUGAAGCGACUAACAUUCUGGGCUUUAGAGUGAUCUAUCGUUUGUUCGGAGAUAACAGUUUCAAACAGGCACCACCGCUUGAAGCCAGCGAACGAGAGUUCAAGAUCAAGAACGUGCCCUUACAGGAAUGCAUCGUGGUUUGCGUGGUCUCGCUGGAAGAGACCAACAUUACGCCAGCGAAUGUGCCGUACAAUCAAUGCCGGGAGGUCAGGACGGAGAACUCGCCGACCUCGAACAUGGACAAGAUCACGAUAGCUGCGAGCGCGGCGAUCUGUGCCACGAUCGUCGUCGCGGUUAUCAUCUUCGUGGUAGCGAAUCGACGCCGCGCCCGGAAGCUGCACACCCUGCACAACAUCGAUCAGACGAAGAUGGGUGGUCCGAUCGCCGGUCUGCCGGUCAACUGUUGCUCGAACGUGGGUCCAACGCCCAGCCCCGGCGGACCGUUGUCGUCGAUGGCCACUCUGAGCGCUUACAAUGCCCAAAAAGAGUGGGACCAAGUGUCGGCCUAUAGUAACAGAAGUAUACCGCGGCCGAGGAUCUUCCCUAUUGAUCGACAAGGAUCGAUCACCAGGGCGUCCUGCAUCGACGACGUGCGCUCCCAGAUCGGGCACUACAGCGGCAAAGCUGCCCGGUCGAUCGCCGACGGCCAGUCCCAACACAGUUUCUCCAAUAACUCUACGCGGUACUUCGCCAAUACCGCGCUGGCCUCCAACCUCGUCAACACGAGACCAGAAUUACGACAAUCGCGUCAAUCGCUGGCGGCCGCCUCGGACCGGAUGUCGCGGUCGAACUUCUCCGGCAACCACUUGCCGCCACACUCAUCAGCUAGACGACAACGACCCCGAUCGCGCAACCGCAAUCUCGAAUCGAAUCCGCCGCGACCCGGUAGCCGGUACAGCCUGGCAGACUCCACACACACUCUCAACAACUACGAUGAGAACAACUGGACCGACCACGACAUGGACAUCUACAUGGCCCGCAAUCCAACUACGAGGAGCGGCCUCGUACCGCUCUAAAAUUCAGUGGCCUCAACAUUAUCUCAUCGUUCAUUCUUGCUCAAGCGUGUUCAAAUAGAAUAUCCAGUCCUUUUGACAGACCAUGCUUCUCGCUCGUGCGAUUCGCUUUUAAGCUGAAGCGAUGCUGAGCAUAAUCUAGGUAAUCUUGACAAUAGUUUCGAUCGAGGAGAAAAGAGUCUCGAAUGCGUCGAAUGUUUUAUUUUAGAAAAUAUUCGUCACAAUAUUUAUAUGACUGAAUUUAACUUUUUUUUUCUGAGAGAUCUGAUAUAUUCGAUGUGAUAAAAGAAUCUUUUUUUGGCACAUUCAAAACUUACCGGCUUCGAUCACGGUCGAUGCUAACAUGACGCGGCAGGCAUUAACGUGUAAUAUUUGUGCAAAUACGUGCAACCAGUGCGAUUUGGGAGUAUUAGGUUGAGAAACGGCCUUAGAUAUAUGUCCUUGUGUAGUUCUAAGCAGUUUUAUGUAAGAUAAUACUUUUAAUUACCAAAUCGUUGAAGCGAACAAGCCGAGAGUGUCUUUUUCGGCUUGCUUGAAUGCACAAUUUUCAGAUUCUUAUCGUAACGCGACGGACUUUACGAUUCUAUUAUUCAAAGACUGCAAUCGAAGUGUCCGUCUCUAGAGAGAAGCGCUACCACGAUCAAACGAACUAAUAUAUCGUGAAAACUCCACGUCGCUCGAUCCCUCUGAACGAGUGGAAAUACGAGAGGGAUGCAAAAUGAGAGACUUUAUAAAGCUCUCUGUAAAGUCUACCUUUUAUAACAGUGUAUUCGCACGUGUAUUCGCAUGUGCGCGCAUCGAUGACGAGAACGACUCGUCCGGCGUACUAAUGACGAAUAAAGAAAUUACUUCACU